UUUUUUCCUUUUUACGACAGGAAAGACAAAGGCAUGUGGUAUUGAUCCCAUUUCCACCAUAUGUCACCAUGCUUCAUCUAAUUUUCCAUAUAUCAUAUGGAUAUAUAAACCAUUCAAGAUGAAUAACACAACCUCAGAUUCACAGCUUUUCCCCAAGAAGUCGUGCUUUGAGAAUUUUCAAUCACCGUAAGCCUUUUGAAGUUAACAGACAAUACCCUCCUUAUAAAAUGGCCAUCCUUAUGCCCCGCAUCACUCAGGCAAAGCAAAUUCUUAAACGGUCAUUCUCAAAUGGAAGUAGCACAACAAAAUCUAUGGAUAUCCCAAAAGGCUGUUUAGCGGUUUAUGUUGGUGAGCAAGAGAAGAAGAGAUUUGUAGUUCCCGUAUGGUUGUUAAUGCAACCUACUUUUCAACAACUGCUAGAUCAGGCUGAGGAAGAAUUUGGGUAUAGUCAUCCAAUGGGCGGCCUAACUAUUCCAUGUAGUGAAUAUAUGUUCAUGGAUUUAGCUUCUCGUUUGGGCGCAUUAUAACUUGUAUACAGCAUUCUUAGUUAUCAUGAGUAGUUAAAUGACCAGUAGAAUUUUUUUUAUCAUUUGUAAUUAGAGACAACUGUCCCAUUUUUUUAAGAAACAUGAAUCAGAACUAUUUAGAGUUUAUUGGA